GAAAUCUUUAGGAGAAGAAACAGUAGGAAGCGUUUCGCUCCUUGGGUUUAAUGGUACCUGCCUUGGGGAAGAUUACCGGCCCAGAACUGUGUGGAGCUGAUCCGGUUGAUGUGAUGUGCAGUCCAGGAUCGGGGGGGCCUGGAGAGGACGCCUCUGUAGAGUAUGUGUACUGCAGAGGAGCAAUCACAGAGCUGCUUAAAUAUGGACCAACAGACCUGCAUGCUGCCAGCAAAAGCCCCAAUCCUCCCAAAAUGCUCAUCCUUGUCAUUCCAGGUAACCCAGGUGUGGUGGGCUUCUACAAAACAUACAUGUGGACGCUGUAUCAGACGUUCAUCCGGAGAUAUCCAGUGUGGGCUGUGAGCCAUGCUGGACACUGUAUGCCUCCAGAAACCUAUGAUAUGAUUGAAGAUGCAUCUGUGACUGAGAAGGAGGAUGUUUUUGGGCUAAACGGGCAGAUUGAACACAAGCUGGCCUUCCUUCGAAAGCAUGUGCCUCGGGACACCAACCUGCUGCUGAUUGGUCACUCCAUCGGUUGCUACAUCAUUUUGGAGAUGAUGAAGAGAGACCCAGAGCUAAAGGUUGUGAAGGCGGUGAUGCUCUUCCCUACGAUUGAGCGCAUGGCCUGUAGCCCUCAAGGCAAGAUCAUGACCCCUGUGCUCUGCCGGCUGCGGUACGCCUUCUAUUUGCCCAUCUUCCUGCUCUCCCUCCUUCCAGAGAGGCUGAAGGUCAGCAUAGUGCGUCUGGCUCUGAGGAAUUUUUAUGCAGUGGACACCUCCAUCAUCCCAGCCACCGUCAGCCUGAUCAAUGUAGACUGUGCAGCCAACGGUAUGUACAUGGGAAGCCAAGAAAUGAGACUGGUUGUAGAAAGAGACAACGCAACUGUACGUCAACACCUCAGCAAGCUUAUUUUUUACUAUGGAGCCACGGAUCACUGGUGCCCUGUGCAGUAUUACCACGAUAUCAGAAAAGACUUCCCUGAAGGGGACAUUCGUCUGUGUGAGAGGGGCAUCCGGCAUGCAUUUGUCCUGGAUGCAGGGGAGGAAAUGGCUAACAUGACGGCAGAGUGGAUCUUUGAUGAUUGAGGACGCUCUGACUGCCAGAUUAACAUUGUAUUCCUCUUUAACCUCUACCAGCCAAAUAUUCUAACUGAGCCCCCUGUGUGAGUUUUUUAAUGCGACCAAUUUUUUAGGAUGUAUUACCUAUUUCCAUGGCAAAGCAUCAAGCUUGUCACAAAACAC